CUGUGGUUUUAUUUUCAAGGUUAUUGGUCCUUUAGGCCACGAUUGGUUGUACUGGCAGGGCAGAAAUACCAAUGUCUCCAGGGAGCUCAGCAAGGCUGAGAUCAAGGAGCAGGUCAUGUUCCAAAGGCUGGAGUCCUCCCCGAGAGUUGCGCCUGAGGAGCUGUUGAUUUAUGCUGUUUCAGAGAUACUUGCCCUUCAGCCUGAUCACAUUGUGGGCAUGCUGAACACAAUUGUUAUCAUAUACAACAGAAUGGCGGAUAUGAGACGCGAAUACCUGUUUAAGAGGCUUGAUGGUGUCAAUGGAAAACAAAUGGCUGUGAUGCAGAAAAAGCUCCAAGAAGACAAAGAGGAUGUGGAAAGCCGGAUUGAAGAUGUUAGAAGCGCCGGCGGCUUCUGCCCUCCAUUACCUUCUGUUUUUGCUGAGCUUCCGAAGCUCAUAUAACCAGGUACUUGGUAAUCCUUAGAAACAGUUUUUGACCCAAGAGCUACUUGCCGAGGACGGAAGGAUGCUGCGCUUAGCCGAAGCGGCGAAAGUCCAUGUCUGGUGGCGAUAAGCUACUAAUCUGUUGUCUGUAUAGUUCUGUUCCUGCAAUGGGAGAAAGACCACAUGAUGUGCAAAGUUACUUACUGUUGAGUUCCUGCCAUGGUAUAGGAGAUAAACAGCUGCUCUUUAGUUGAGUUCCUGCGACGGUAUAGGAGAGUAUAUGUUCUGCGAAUAUAUGUGCUGAUUGUGGUAAACUGCUGCUCUUUAAGAGAAUAUAUGUUCUGUGAAUUCUAUUGAAGUAUAGAUAGGCAAAUGAGUGAUUCUAUUGUUUUUGUA